UGACAAUCCAUGUUAUAACGUCGAUCAAACACUUGCAAUAACAAAUAAGAACACUAAAAGAAGAAGAAAGAAAAGGCUCGAUACAUUAACAAAUCUGUUAAAAGCCUGUCUGAAAAGGUUCCACACCCCUCUCUCCCCCCCCCCGGGAAAUCUGUCGCAUUUAUCGAGAAAACUUGGCCGGAGUUUUGCUUAAGCUCCUCCAACAAGUCGCCGGCUAGAUUUUCCGGCAAUGUGUAACUUACGCUUGUUCUUCACUCCUUUACUAGCUGUGCUACUACUUCAGUCAUUGGUGGUUGUUGUCUCUGCUCAGGGAUCUGCUAGUACCUGGAAAACACUCACCGGAAAUCGCCCUUUAGUCAUAGCACGUGGCGGGUUUUCAGGAUUAUUUCCUGAUUCUAGCUCAGUUGCUUUCCAGUUUGCAACGCUUACAAGUUUGCCGGAUGUUGUCCUAUGGUGUGAUGUGCAGUUAACUAAAGAUGAUGUGGGGAUUUGUGCCCCUGAUCUCAGGCUUGACAAUUCUACUAGCAUUGCACGAGUUAUGCAAAAUAAGGAUAAGUUGUACCUAGUUAAUGGAAUUCCUACCCGAGGAUGGUUCACAGUGGAUUUCACUCUCAAUGAAUUGUCACUUGUAUCCUUGACUCAGGGAAUCUAUUCUCGGAGUCCAAGCUUUGAUGACAGUAAUCCCAUCCAAACUGUUGAGGAUGUGGCUAACUUAAAACCACCAGGCUUAUGGUUGAAUAUUCAGCAUGAUGCAUUCUUCACACAGCGCAAUUUGAGUAUGAGAAACUACAUACUGUCUCUAUCCAGAAGGGUUGUCAUUAAUCAUCUCUCAUCACCAGAAGCGGGUUUCUUGAGAAGUAUUGUUAAGAGAUUUAACCUAAAUAUAACAAAACUGGUCUUCCGGUUUCUGGAACCAAAUGUCAUCGAGCCAUCAACAAAUGAGACAUAUGGUUCUCUCUCAAAGAACUUUACUUUCAUCAAGACAUUUGCAUCUGGAAUUCUUAUCCCUAAGUCAUACAUAUGGCCUUUAGAUGCAAGGAAUUACUUACAACCUCAUACUUCUAUCGUUUCGGAUGCACACAAGGCAGGGCUAGAGGUUUUUGUAUCAGAUCUUUAUAAUGACGUUCCACUGAGUUACAAUUACAGUUUUGAUCCUGUAACUGAGUAUCUCAGUUUUGUUGACAAUGGUGACUUCUCUGUUGAUGGCGUGCUCUCUGACUUUCCAGUAACUCCUUCUGCGACUAUUGAUUGUUUUUCUGGUCUGGGCAAGAAUGCUACACCUCAAGUGAACCUUUCGGUCAUCUCAAAAAAUGGUGCAAGUGGAGACUACCCUGGCUGCACUGAUUUGGCUUACCAGAAAGCUAUUUUAGAUGGUGCUGAUGUUAUUGAUUGUCCUGUUCAAAUAUCAAAAGACGGGAUACCAUUUUGCUUAGGCUCUAUAAAUCUUUAUGAUAGUACAACAGUUGCCCAAUCAAGUUACAGCAAUCGUGCACAGAAUAUUCCACAGAUUAAGGCAGGCAGUGGGAUAUUCACCUUUAGCUUAACAUGGAGUGAGAUUCAGAACUUACGUCCGGUGAUGUCCAAUCCAUAUUCAAAAUAUUACUUGUCACGGAAUCCCAAUUUCAGAAAUUCAGGGAAUUUUCUAACAUUGUCUGAUUUCUUAGCAUUGGCAAAGAACACUAGCUCGCUUUCUGGUGUCUUGAUUAGCAUUGAGAAUGCAGCCUAUCUUAUACAGCAAGAGGGAUUACCCGUUACUGACAAAGUACUUGAAGUCUUGAGCAAAGCUGGUUAUGAUGAUCCAACUUCCAAGAAAGUUAUGAUUGAGUCCACCAACAGCUCAGUUCUAAUGAAAUUUAGGGACAAAAACAAUUAUGAACUUGUGUACCGGAUUGAAGAGGAUAUUCAAGAUGCUGAAGAUGCAGCACUGAAGGGCAUCAAAGACUUUGCUAAUUCUGUGGUCAUCAGCAAGAACUCUGUCUUUCCUGAAAGUUCUUCAUUCCUCACUGGUGUCACAAAUGUUGUGCCAAAGCUGCAAUCGCAUGGGCUCUCAGUUUAUGUGGAAACUUUCAACAAUGAGUUUGUAUCUCAGGCAUGGGACUUCUUCUCAGAUUCAACAGUUGAAAUUAACUCCUAUGUCAUGGGAGUCAACAUCAGCGGUGUUAUCACAGAAUUCCCUCUGACUUCUGCCAGAUACAAGAGGAACCGAUGCUUGGGCUAUAAUGUUUUACCUCCUUACAUGAGCCCUGCUCAGCCUGGCGGUCUCAUGCAGCUAAUCUCACCUGCUGCCUUGCCCCCAGCUGAGCCUCCAAACCCAGUGUUAACUGCACCUGAUGUUGAGGAAGGACCCUUGCCCUCUCAUACAGCAAGUCCCCCCCCAGUUCCAGGUGGUGGAGCUACAGCAGUACCACCAGGAGCUCCAAAUGGACUGCCCAAGAUUGGUGCGUGCAUCUUCCUGUCCAAUUUGGCUAUGCUCAUCACCAUUCUUCUGCUGCUUUGAAACUUUAACAUGAUCACUCUAUUCAAGAUCAUUAUGUGCUUUGUCAUUUCCAAUCUCUUUGGUGAAAGAUGAAGCACCUUGGAGCUUUUUGUUGAACGACUGUUCAAAGCUAAUCUUUUGUGUUCUUUCCCCCCUCAUUUGGGUUUAUUUAUUGGACGGCUGUGAAGCUUUCUUUUUGAUGUAGCAUUGUAGGCAUUUUCUUCCUUAAUUCCCUACGUAUUGUGAAAAAAAAAACAAAUUCCUUAGAGGACACGGAAGAUGUAAUGGUGAAUUGACUGCCUGUUUCAUGGUUGUAAGAUAUUAUUAUUCUUUGAUGGUAAAGUAUAUGAUUUAAUAAAUAAAGAGUAAUGUCAAUCUAUUUUUUCUCA